AUGGCGGAUGAGGACAGCAAGUUCUCUGCCAAGCAGCUCAAGGAGUUUCGCCUGGCAUAUGGUAUCUAUGACGAGGAUGGUGACGGCAAGCUCGACUCUGACGCCUGCUGCAAAUGCCUGCGCGCCUGUGGUAUCCCCCUCACGGAGAACGCCAUUGCCAAUAUCACGACCGAUCUCGACAUUUAUUCUGAUGGCGAGGUCAACUGGGAUGGGUUUAUGGCCUUGAUGGAAGAGCACCACAAGCCUCUGCCCACAGAGAAGGAGCUCAUCGCUGCUUUCAAAGCGAUGGAUGAGGAUGGCUCAGGUGCCGUCAGCCGCAGUGAGCUGAAGCGUUUCCUUACUAACGUCGGCGAAAAACUUAGCGAAGACGAGUUCGAGCAAAUGGUGGCCGACAUUGACACAGACGGAGAUGGUGAAAUUGAUUACAAGGAGUUUGCCAGCUUAAUGGCCAAAUCCUCGUCCUACAGUGACUUUUAG